UUAAAAUUGAAUUUGGCCUAAUGCAUUAUAUCCUUUUAUUUUAAUAUUUUAAUGUUCCAAAACCAUACCUUUUUAUAAAUAUUUUGUAAUAAUAUGUAACAAAGUUAUGCAUUUUUUAAUUUAAAAUACUUACUUCCAAGAAUCUUUUCCACAUUCUUUAUUAUUAUUUCCUCCAAUAUUUUUUGGUUCAACAGGUCUUUGUACUUUUUCAAAGGUAAUUUGGGUGUCUAAAAGUGAUUGGUUUUUCUUUUCUACAUCCUCAGAGACCAAGAGGUAAAUACUGUCUUCAGUGACAAAGUCAUCAAAUAAAUGUACCUCAUCCUCUUCCAUUGUAUUAUUUACUGUAAAAAUUAAAUUAUUAAAGAUGAGUUUUACAUAAUUAAUGCAAUAUGAGGUAUUUUUCAUUUUAUUACUGUAAAAUCGUGUUAACAAAUAAAAUACCUCCUUCCAAAAAAUUCAAACAACUAUUCUAACCUUAAAAUUUACGUACACAUUUAAAAUUGUAUGGUAUUAACAGCAUAACAUUAUAAAUAUAUUAGAUAAGACUAUUUAAAAUAAAUAUAUAUAAAGUAAAGUAUAUAUAGUACCCAUUUUCUAUGAUAGUACCUUAUUAUAAACAUAUAACAUGUAAAACAAUUUCACACAGAAAACACAGAUUAUAAACAAACAUUAAACUUUCAUCAGUGUUGCCAGCAGAGACAAGGGUUGUCAGAGAUAAAGAAGUGUUGCCAACCCUCUUUUAUGCGAACAGCUGUUGGGUCAAAUUUUGUUGCUUUUUUGUUUUGUAGGUGAUUAUUUUGUGAUGUAAAAUGUUUAGUGGAUAGAAAUCAUAGAUAUUAAAAUUGAAUCACACAUCAAUGUAAAUAAUCCCAUGGAAGAGGACGAGGUACAUUUAUUUGAUGACUUUGUCACUGAGGAUAGCAUUUACCUCAUAGACUCGAAGGAUGUAGAAAAGGAAAACCAACCAAAAAAUAUUAAAGAAAAUAAUAAAGAAUGUAGAAAACAUUGUCAGGUUGAGACUGAAGUUGAAGAAAGUUAUAACAAAAACGAAGCAACAGAUACAGAGGUAGAAGAUGAUUUAUCCACGUCUGAAAAUGAGGAAAAAAACAAAGAAAAUUCAAGAAGUAAAGUAAAAAAUCAUGAAGUUAGAAGAUCCACUAGAAGAAUAAAUAAAAUUGUCCCAAUAGUUGAUGAUAGUAGCGAUGAAGGACGUGACUUUUCUGCCGAUGAAGAUUCAUCAUACACUCCUGAAGAUGAAGAAGUUAAAGGGAACAAAUAUAAACGACGAAUUAAAUCAGGAUCUAAAAUCAACGAUAGUGAUGAUGAAAGUGACGAUUCUGAUCCUGGAAAUGAAAGUGAAAAUUCCUUAUGCAAUAUAAAGGAAGGAGGGGUUAGUAACUUUUCUGAAGAUUCCAUACACAGUGAAGAUGAAGGAAAAGAUGAGGAUGAAGCCACGUUUCAUACGAAAAUCGAGGUGGAAUACCAUGGUGUUGAAUAUGACAAAGAUGAAUCAGAGGACGCGGAUGAAUUAGAAAAAAAAGAAAACAAUAAUAAUACCAGCCCUUCCAGAAAGAAAAAAAGGGAAUCGUUAAAAGACGGCCUCAAAAGCCGUUGUCCGCAUUGCCCGAAAGUGUACUCGAGAAAAGAUACUUUAAGAGAUCACCUUGAAAGCAAACACGGCGACUCCAAGCAAAAAAAAAAGUACACGUGUCCACAUUGCGACAAAGUAUUUCUAAACGUGUGGCUGAAAAACGUGCACAUCAGAUCUAACAACGACGGCCGUAGGGUCAAUUGCCCGCAUUGCCCGAAGAAGUUCGCGAAAAAGUGUAAGCUAACGCGGCACAUUGAGAUAAAACAUGGCGAUAUUUUGCAAACGUUAGAGUACAAAUGUGCACAAUGCGACGAAAAAUUCACAGAAAGGGAAUCUUUAACCCGACACACCAAAAUGGAGCACAAAGGUUCCAAGUACGCGUGUCCACAUUGCCCGAAAGUGUUCAUGAAACAAAAUAGUUUUAAGCAGCACGUCGAAAGCCAACAUGGCGAUGCCUCGCAGAAAAAAAAAUACUACUGUUCGCAAUGCGACAAGACAUUUUCGCUUAUGGGAAGUCUGAAAAUACACGUUAAAUCGAUACACGAAGGUUUCAACUUCCGUUGCUCGCACUGCUCAAAAAUGUUCACCGACAAGGCAAAGCGCGAAGUCCACGUUCAAACCGCUCACGCUAAACACGGAUACAAAUGUUCGCAGUGCGACAAAAAAUUUGCAAAAAGUAGCAGCUUGAGCCGGCAUAAAAAAUCAACACACAUCGGUUUCAAGUGCCGUUGUCCGCAUUGUUCGAAAGUGUUCACGAGAAAUGAUGCAUUAAAAGUCCACUUGAAAAAACAACAUGGCGAUCCAUCGAAAUAAUAAAAAACAAAUGCCCUUAUUGCGACCAAAAUUAUAGUUAUAGAUAUAUCAACUUUACAACACAAUAAAACAGAAAAAAACUAAACCCGUGUGAAAUUUUUUGAAAGUCUUAGUAAGUCAGACUAAUAGCAAGGUUUGGGAGUCUUCUGGAAGAGUUAUUCUGACUUAAUAGGAAUUUUAGCACCAUCACGUGCCGUUAUCGUCGGAACCAAAGUACCUACAGUUACGGAAAAUAAUAAUUCUACCUACCUGUUUUGUUUCAUUUUAAUUUCUUACCAGAUUACCUAAUAAUAAAUUUGGAUUUUGUAGAAUUGAUUUAUAUUAUUUAAAUUAAAAUACGAGUGAUUUUACUAUUUAGUCACCAAAUAUUUGUAAUUAUGUAUAUACCUACUAUAUUAAACGUAAAUAAAUUUUUAAUACAUUAUUUCUGGACUAUUAUUUUUGCUAACAAGAUUUUUUAUAAUAUAAAUGGAAAAACAAAAACUCCC